UCUGUCAUGCCCGAUUUCUUUUGACUCAUCCCUUUCUUGAACGUUUCCCCCUCUCCUAUUUUCUUCUUUCUUCAUCAGUGUUUCUUAAGAAAAAAAAAAGGGGAGGGGGGAGGGAGAGGGGAUUGAUUUGGUAGCUCUGUCAUACAUUCUUUCCCUUUUUUCCUCCCCUGGUUUCAGUUCCAGCUACUUUACGUCAACCCUGUCGUUAAUUUUUUAUUUCUGUACGAGAACCCUUGUUGCGUCUGUGUGUUUGUAUUCUGGGGUUUUCAGGAGAAGGGUGAUAGGUGAAUGCUCAGUAGCGGGAGAGUGCAGGAUAUACAGAUAUACCGUGUUUUGUACUAUUAAGCCAGUAAUGCUCCGUUCAGCAUUGCCUCACUUUCCCCCGCAACCAAAUCCGGGACUAACGCCACUCCCGAGGAUUACCCCGGAGUCCCGCCCCACUGCGCGAGUAAGCCUUCGCUCCACUGGACGCUCCGGCGGGCGGGUCCCUCCGGGCCAGUCACGCGCGGGGGCGUCGUCCCGGGGCGGGGUUUCGGACCCCAGGGCUGGAGUCUGCGGUCCCUGAGGCUUUCUGCGCUCCUGGCCUCAUGCUGCAGCUGUCUCCCGGGCCGGGAGCCAGGCUGGAAUAUGGCCUCGGCCACUGUGGCAGCAGCGACACGGGGCCUCGGCCGGGUACCCUGCCUCCUCCGGCGCGGCUACCAGACCGAGCGGGGCGUCUACGGCUAUCGGCCGAGGAAGGCGGAGAGCCGGGAGCCCCGGGCCGGCCUGGAGCGCCCUACAGUUGAUCAUGGCCUUGCCAGAUUGGUUACAGUAUAUCGUGAACAUGGUCAUAAAGCUGCCAAAAUCAACCCUCUCUUUACGGGACAAGCCCUGCUGGAGAAUGUCCCUGAAAUUCAAGGUCUUGUGGAGACCCUUCAAGGACCCUUUAAUACCACAGGAUUAUUGAACAUGGGGAAGGAAGAGGCUUCUCUUGAGGAAGUAUUAGUCUAUCUUAACCUAAUCUACUGUGGACAAGUUUCUAUUGAAACCUCUCAGCUUCAGAGCCAGGAGGAGAAACACUGGUUUGCGAAGCGAUUUGAGGAGCUGAAAAAGGAAACAUUUACCACUGAAGAGCGAAAAUAUCUGUCAAAACUAAUGCUGGAAUCUCAGGAGUUUGACCACUUUUUGGCUACCAAGUUUGCCACUGUGAAGCGAUAUGGAGGUGAAGGGGCUGAAAGCAUGAUGGGCUUUUUCCAUGAGUUACUGAAAAUGUCAGCCUACAGUGGAAUAACCGAUGUUAUUAUUGGGAUGCCCCACAGAGGGAGGCUUAAUUUAUUGACAGGCCUCCUGCAACUCCCUCCGGAGCUGAUGUUCCGCAAAAUGCGAGGCUUAAGUGAAUUUCCAAAAGAUUUCUCAGCCACUGGAGAUGUCCUGUCUCACCUGACCUCUUCUGUUGACCUGGACUUUGGUGCACACCAUCCCCUCCAUGUGACAAUGCUGCCUAAUCCCUCACACCUCGAAGCUGUUAACCCCGUGGCUGUCGGGAAAACUCGAGGAAGGCAACAGUCUCGACAGGAUGGGGACUACUCUCCGGACAGUUCAGCUCAGCCGGGGGACAAAGUCAUUUGUUUACAGGUUCAUGGUGAUGCUUCUUUCUGCGGUCAAGGGAUUGUUCCCGAAACAUUUACACUCUCCAACCUGCCACAUUUCAGAAUUGGUGGGAGUUUCCACUUGAUUGUCAAUAACCAGCUGGGUUACACCACUCCAGCAGAGAGAGGACGGUCGUCCUUAUACUGUAGUGAUAUUGGGAAGCUUGUAGGCUGUGCCAUCAUCCAUGUCAAUGGAGAUAGCCCAGAGGAAGUGGUCCGUGCCACGCAACUAGCUUUUGAAUACCAACGCCGGUUCCGCAAAGAUGUGAUUAUUGAUUUGCUAUGCUACAGGCAGUGGGGCCACAAUGAGCUGGAUGAACCUUUUUUCACCAACCCAGUCAUGUACAAAAUCAUCAGAGCCCGAAAAAGCAUCCCCGACACAUAUGCAGAGCAUCUUAUUGCCACUGGCCUCAUGACCCAGGAGGAGGUGUCUGAAAUAAAAGCCUCCUACUAUGCGAAGUUAAAUGAUCAUUUAACUAACAUGGCCCACUAUAGCCCUCCUGCCACUAACCUGCAGGCACACUGGAGGGGCCUGGUCCAGCCGGAAGCUUGCGUUACCACCUGGAACACAGGUGUGCCCUUAGAGCUCCUGAGGUUUAUUGGUGCAAAGUCUGUGCAGGUACCAGAGGAACUCCAGAUGCACAGUCACCUUCUGAAGAUGUAUGUUCAGUCCAGAAUGGAGAAAGUGAUGGAUGGAACAAAGUUAGACUGGGCCACAGCAGAAGCUCUUGCCUUGGGCUCAUUACUUGUUCAAGGUUUUAAUGUCCGCCUGAGUGGCCAGGAUGUUGGCCGUGGAACUUUUAGUCAAAGGCAUGCAAUGAUUGUUUGCCAGAAGACCGAUGACACCUAUAUCCCUCUGAACCAUAUGGAUCCUAAUCAGAACGGGUUUCUAGAGAUCAGCAACAGCCCCCUGUCAGAAGAGGCUGUCCUGGGAUUUGAAUAUGGGAUGAGCAUUGAAAGUCCGAAGUUACUGCCCCUCUGGGAGGCUCAGUUUGGCGAUUUCUUCAAUGGUGCCCAGAUCAUCUUUGACACGUUCAUCUCUGGAGGAGAGGCCAAGUGGCUCCUACAAAGCGGCAUUGUUAUUCUCCUUCCACACGGCUAUGAAGGGGCUGGCCCAGAGCACUCAUCCUGCCGAAUAGAGCGUUUCUUGCAGAUGUGUGACAGUGCAGAAGAGGGAGUGGAUGGAGAUACAGUGAACAUGUUCGUGGUACACCCAACUACGCCUGCACAGUAUUUCCACUUACUUAGAAGACAAAUGGUCCGGAACUUCAGAAAACCCCUCAUUGUUGCUUCUCCUAAGAUGUUACUCAGGUUCCCUGCAGCUGUGUCAACUCUUCAAGAAAUGGCACCAGGAACAACAUUCAAACCAGUCAUUGGUGAUUCAUCCAUGGAUCCAAAAAAUGUUAAGAGACUAGUGUUUUGCUGUGGCAAACAUUUCUAUGCCUUGCUGAAGCAAAGAGAAUCUUUGGGGGCCAAGAAGCAUGACUUUGCUAUCAUCCGAAUAGAGGAACUGUGCCCUUUCCCAUUGGAUUCUUUGCAACAAGAGAUGAGCAAAUACAAACAUGUUAAAGAUUUUAUUUGGAGUCAGGAGGAGCCUCAGAACAUGGGUCCGUGGUUUUUUGUUUCUCCAAGGUUUGAAAAACAACUGGCCUGCAAGCUCCGUCUUGUGAGCCGACCCCCUUUGCCAGCACCCGCUGUAGGAAUUGGUGCAGUUCACCUGCAGCAACAAGAAGAUAUUCUCACCAAGACCUUUGCUUGAUGAUAUCAUUUGAAGAAAUACUAUUUCCUUUGUAGACAGCUGCCAAGUAAGGAAAAGCCUACUUCCUUUACUUUCUCCCCCUUGCAUUAGGUAGUACUCGAAGACUGUAUUCCUCUAAGAUAUUGGGAUGGAUGAAACCAAAUCUGUUGCAGAGUAGAACUGCCCCAUAGGGUUUCCAACUAAUGUCUGGUGGAUUUGAACUUGAACUACUGACCUUUUGGUUAGCUGCUGAAGCUCUUAACCACUGUCCCACUAGGGUUUCCGGGAUGAAUGAGGGCAGUCUAACCGGGAGUGCAUGCAGUAGCCAAGGGAAACGUUCACAGAUACAUGAAUUCAACAAAUAAACGUUAUACUUCAAAGUAUUAUAGUGUUAUGGUUUAGCUAGAUCUGAGUGAGGUGUAGAACAGGUCACGAUUCAGAUUAUUUUAGACUCUACUCUUUGUAAUUAAUUGUAUAUGGCCAGGAAAAGUUCUCUAGCCUGAGUUACAGGCACAGAUAGAUUACCUCAAAACUGCCUCUCAGUUUGUUUGAUGUGUGUCACUUCCAUUAAUUCUUUUUUCAAAAUUCCUCUGACUACUGGUAUUUUCAUUUUAUGUAAUAUCUGGUGCUGCUCUCCAGCCACUGUGAAAAUGCUUCAUCAAACACUGUAGCGAAAUCAGAUUAUUCCUGAUUUGUGUUCUUCAAUAUAUGUGUCCUUAAAUAUAAGCUCUUUUAAAUACAAAUCCCUGGGUGUGUGAUCUUUCAGCCAUAAUAUUAUUAAGGAGUUUUAGCUGUAACGAAAUUGGUUUGUGGUCUAUUUGAACAUAGUAUCUUUAUUUUUUUCCUUUUCAAAUUGUUGUUGCAGUCACAUCUUAGUAUUUUUAACUGACUUUGGGUGUCUGAUAGGGGAUUUCAGCCCCUUGUUCAUCAGCCUUGCCUCCGAAAGUCCCUGCUGCAGUGUGAUAUCUGUUUGUAAUGCAUAAAGAAAGAACACUUUAACUUUGACAGAGGGAACUUCCUAACACCAGGUGCUUGGGGACUUUUAGAGGUCACCGACCCAUCCCCUCAGCCUAAAAUUAGAACUAGUAGCAUAAAAACAGUAUCACUCCACUUGAUUUUGUGCUGUGGAGGCUCUACCAUUCUUGCAUCAUAACAGUGUUUCUGUCAGAAAUGAUGGGGAAAGUACCAGGGGACUAGAAUGAGCCCAUGCCCUCUCUACUUUUACUGGCAACUAGUGUCUUUCAGAAUCAGUGUAUAUGCUGGUCUUGCCACAGCGGUAGAUUCAUGAUUUACAGUUGAAUGUAGUUAAGCAUUAGUGCGUUGAUCUAAUGUUUCCAUAAUAUUCACAUCCAUUUUAUCUCUGUAUACCUUAAUGCUUGUUAAUGCUUGUAACUUAGUGCCAGUUACAUAAAUCAGUAAAAUUACAAAGAUCUAUUUAAUGAGAAUGGUUAUCAAUGUUGUGUAUUUAACUAGAAAAAAAAAAAAAAAAAGGCAGAACAUCAUGUUUUUCAGAGCUCUUGGUUCUUGGUUCCUCAAAAGGCUAGGCACAAAAUGAGAUAGAAAAUCAGUUUUUGUUUCCUUGUUUUAGUUUAGAUCUUUCCACAUUUCUCCCCAACUUUACACCUCACAAGUCUGUUUGUGGUUUGUUGUUACAUCUUAUCCAACUUGAACCAUGAAAUAUGUUUUCUGUCACCUUAACCUUCUUACUCUGAGUCCCUACUGCAUUUUGAAUUAUCUUGCAGGAAGGAACCAUCUGAAGAAUUUCAAAUCAAACACUCUUUAUUUCACUUUAUUCUUCUUUACUCCUCUUAAAAUUUGAUGUGAUAUUUGUAUCCCAUAUUAUGUGUGUGUGUGUAUGCCAAAUUCAUGUUCACUGAAGAAUAGAGUUUAAAUUGGAUAUUCAGUGAAUGGAAAUAUUAGCAACAAUGAAAAUACUUCUUUUGUCUAAAAUGAUAUAUUAUUUUUAGAAAAAUAAAAAUUUUUACUUCGUAAAAACCAUUUUGCUCAAUUUCCCUCUGUUUUCCACAUACACAUUUUUGGGAAAAAUAUUCCAAAGCAUAGACUUCUUCUACUACCUUUGAAUAUUGAGCGAUUUUUUGUAAUCCCUUGACUGACGAUAGAAACAACAUCCCUUUUACAAAACUGAGGAAAUAAGGUUUAAGAACAUUAGGACUUGCACAGGAAGGAAGUCACGAUGAAGAACCGAGACUUUUGGGGGUCGAGGUUCCAAAAGCGUCACCUGCAUGUCUUGGAUGUACGCGGACAUUUAGUUUCAGUCUUCGCAUGGGGUCCAGGCUAAAAUUAUCAUAUUUUUGGGAAAUUUGGACAAAAUGUUUAAAUCCUCAAUAUUUAUAGCAUACUAUUGGAUAAAUAAAUCCUAAAUCACCCUAUCGAAAAAAUUUUCAUUUAAAUCUGAUAAAGCACAAUCUAAAGGAGACUAUUAUUUCCCCACUGCCAAUUGUAAAGUCAUUUAAUUUUAGGAAAAUUUUAUUAGAAAUAUAUUACUUUAGUCUUUGUUUCCUUGAGUCUUCUCUGUUUCAUAUGGAGCAUCAACUACAAUUGAACAAAAGCAAGAAAUGGCCCUGUAAGAGUAGAAUGGUGUUUCAUCAGUAGAUACUUCAUUGGAACUCCUACUACAUGUAUGACAUUGUUCUAAACAUUAGAAACACAAAGAAGUAAAAGAUAAAAUGGAUUGCCCCCUGUCCUCAACAGACUAAAAAUCUGAGAAGACAAAGCAUUUUUCAUGUAGAGAAGUUCUUUGGUUGGAUGGGCUAAAACAAGGUGGGAUGUCAAGGUAGGGUGAUAUUCUUGACCAAUGUAAAUCAGGUGUCAUAAUAUGGUUAUUCAAGGAAAAGUCCUGGGCAGCAUGCAAUUGCCUCAUAUGCAUGCAAAAACUGGGCAAUAAAUAAGACCAAAGAAGAACUGAUGGCUUUGCAUUACAGUGUUGGUGAAGAAUAAGGAAUAAAGCAUGGACUGCUAGAAGAACGAACAAGCCUGUCUUGGAAGCUAUGAGUCAGAACCCACUUGAUGGCAACGGGUUUGGUUUUGGUUUUUUGGGUCUUGGAAGACGUAAAGCCAGAGUGCUCCUUGGAAACGAGGAUGUUGAGACUUUGUCUCAUGUACUUAAGAUGUAUUAUCAGGAGGGGCCAAUCCCUGGAAAAGGACAUCAUGCUUGGUAAGGUAGAGGGUCAGCAAAUAAGAGGAAGACCCUCAAUGAGAUGGAUUGACACAGUGGUUGCAACAAUGGGCUCAAACACAGCAACCACUGUGAGGAUGGUGCAGGACUGGGCAGUAUUUCGUUCUGUUGCACAGAACAACAGCAGCAUGUAAUAGUGGAAAGACUGAAGAGUCCAAAGUAUGAAACUUUAUUCCUAGGCUCUUGAAGCAUGGAGCUAUCCCAGAAAUAGUAAAGAGGAGGUAUAGGCUACUCUUUUCUUUCUGUCAAUUAGAUGUUCAAUUUAGUGCAUCUUUAUUGAAAGGAUAUUGUAUUCAUGAAAUUAGCUCAAAGUCAAAAUUGUAUUUAAAUUAACCAUUUGCAGGUUACUCUAGAUAAUACAGAAACUAAUAAGCCCCUCCCUGCCAUCUAGAAGUGUAGUAAACAAAAAACAAGCCAAAUCAGUUGCUGUCUAGUUGAGAUUAAGUAAGUAUGAAAAUUACUAAUACAGAGUAGGGUAAGGAUGAGUUCAAAGAAUGGGAGAUUAUGACUGUGGCAGAUUCUAUUUUCCAAAAACGGCUACAACAGCAGCCCCACGUGCUUUUCCAAAAUCUUGCCACACCCCCUAGAGGUGGAGUCUAUUUCUCCUCCCUUUGAACUUGAGCAGGUCUUCGUGGCUGCUCAAGUUCAUUGCAUAAAUGCAAUGCAGUGAAGGUGAUGUUGGGUAACUCCCAAGGACAUCCUUUGGCACCCAGCGACCAUGUUGUGAGGAAGCCCAGGCCACACGGGGAAGCCACCUGGAGGUAUUCACACGGACAGCUUCAGCUAAGGUCUCAACUGACAGCACUGAAUGCCAGACUUGUGUGUGAGCAAGCCUUCAGGUAAUUCAAGCCCACCCACACCCCCCAGCCUUGGAGCUACCCCAGCUGACUCCACGUGAACAAAGACCUGUGCAAGCCCUGCCUAAAUUGCCCCUCCCCCAGAUAUACACACGCAUAUUUUGCUCCCUUUUUGGACAAAGAUUUAAAUAUUAGAACAGCUCAUUGGAUUUGAUGACUACACAUCAUUAAUUACCUUUGAAAUGUUUCAGUAGCCAUUAGAAAUUAGAUUGCAAGGGUUUAACCUGUGAGUAUGAAGUUUGAGGGUCUACGAUGUAUGAAUUUCUUAGCUUUUUGUCCACGCCUGUAGGUAGAGAUUGUCUGUAUUUUACCUAUAUAGCUCAGUAAGAUUAAUUGCCCAAAGCCACACAAUCAGUAACCAAUAGAGGAAGAAUUAAAAUGCAGCGCUGCCUAAUUCAUACGACUCUGCUUUUGCUUACACUGUGCUGCCCAUGAGGGUAUAAACGGAGACUAUAGGGUCGCUGUAUGAGUCGGAAUCGACUCGACGGCAACGGGUUUGGUUUUUUGUUGUUUUUAGUGUAUAUGUCAUUAUUACAGUCAGGAAACGGCUUCAGGAAACAGUUCAACGGGAGGAGGCAUAAAAUCCUCUGUAUCUUGGAGGAGCAUAAGUUAACAGAUGAGAGUUCAUAAGCUAUUAACGAUACAUACUGUGUCAAGUUAAAAACAACAACAAGAAACAAACUCGAAAAGGUUACAAGAUGGAAGCAAAUAAAAAAGGCCGAUACGGUCACGCCUGCUCUCCAGGUAGCCCAGCUCCCGGUCUCGGAGGAGCCCCGGGCCCCGCGCUCCUCCAGGGUCUGGGGGCGCCAUUGGGGCUGCUGCAUUGGCCCCGGAUCCAGCGCCGCCCCCGCCUGGCAGGACCGCAUCUCGGCCUCCCCCGCAGGGGCGCCCAGGAAGCCAAGAUCGGACACGGCCAUUUCUUGACACUGAGUUUUGAAACGUGUCUCAAGAAAUGAAAAGCCUGGGCCACCACGGCCGUUUUGGAAGACGGAGACCUUCAAGGGCUCCAAUAAUCCCCAGCCGACUGAAACAAGCCAACCCGCAACGGGAAGCCGAGCCUCGGCC